CUUCAGGUCCUGACAGAGACAUAACUGUGUUAUUACACAUAUUGGAUGAUUAUAGGCUGAAAUCGUUUUGAAUAAAUAUAGUUUGUAUCGCAGCAUCACCGGUAUGUGGAUAGUGUCCUGUCGGCAAGAGCAAAUCACAAUAAUUAGAUCAUCCAGAUGUUUUAAUGGAUACGGAUUUUACACCAGCCUCUCUCUGAGGGCAUGCACCCAUGCAUUUUGGAAUUUAUCAUGGCUAUUUCCUUUUGCAAUUCUACAACAAAAAUGUACAUUUGAAAUAAAGUACACGGAAGAAAUAUUAGACGACAUUUUCAUACAUUUUGGGUGUACUAGAUUGCUAAUAUUUAGAUUUCAUAUUGACGCAGGACGCAAUACUGCGUGCGCAUAUAUUGCUCCCUUCCAGGACCGUUUAGCAGUCCAUUCAAGCGGACAGUUUUGGAGAGAAUGUUGAGAGCGUCGAGAUGGAGCCCAACUCACUCACGUGGGUCGGCUCACCUUGCGGUUUUCACGGACCUUACAUUUUCUACAAGGCUUUUAGGUUUGACAUUGAAGCCAAUCCUCGGAUCCUGUCUGUGGGAGACUUUUUCCUAGUGAGGUGUAGACCCGGGGAACCGCUCUGCAUAGCGGAGCUACAGCUGUUAUGGGAAGAAAGAAGCAGAAAACUACUUUUAUCCAGCUCCAAACUUUAUUUUCUCCCCGAAGACACCCCUCAGGGACGGACUGUCAGUCACGGAGAGGAUGAGGUCCUGGCUGCGUCUGAGAAGGUGGUGGUGAAGUUACAGGACCUGGUCAGAUGGACUGUAUGGGACUCUUCAGGUUGGAGCAGGGGCCUGAAGGCUGCACCUCUAAAGCCCAGUGAGGUGCUCCAAGAGCUGGAGAAGAAUGGACAGAGAGCCCCCGUCCUCCACCGGUACAGAGAGUCAAUACUCAACAGCGGCCUCAACAUCAAAGACGUUUUAAAGGACAAGACUCUACUAG